AACAAGCAAGCAUACAAACAUGGCGAUUCACACCAGUUCGGCGUGCUCGGCGUGUGUGCGGCGCAGCGUUUGUCGUGUAACUUCUGUGUUGCCCUUCUCCGUGGUCGUGUGAGGUUUCUUUUUCUGGUCGCACUGUGUAGUAUUAAGGGUGAAGUGUUGCUGCAAGCCAAAGUCGUCGACAUCAUGGCCAACGCGUCGCUGCAAACGGUGACGCACGCCGCGGAAGCUUUCCAAAUGUUACGAGGCAUUUUCUGCGUCUACAAGCCUGCGAAUAUUUCCUGCGCAGCUGUACGGCAAACUCUCAUAGGAAAUUUAUGUCGGGACCUUAACGAGAUGGAAGUGCGACCCCCGACAGACUUUGUCUCUAUCGAAGGGUCUGUGUCUAAUGGUGCACAACUUACUGUGAAGUCUUGCCCAAGUUUUGCAGACCACCCUCUGAUUGUAGGCCCUAGGUACCAGCCUGAAGAUUUUAAAAUGGUCCGUGGUAUAAAACUUGGAAAAUAUACUUCUGGAGUGUUGUUAAUGAGGGUCAAUGGAGGCUACCACAAGAUCAAAAAGCUUUGCGAUUCCAACCAACUUCGUACUUAUGAGCUCCGAGGAGAGUUUGGAAAGGCAUCAGAUACGCACACACCACUUUCAAAGAUUGUUGAGAAAGCAACAUAUCGUCACAUCACGGCUGCAAAACUGGAACAACUUUUAGGCUCCAUCCAAUCAUCAUAUCAAGUGCAAGCGUUUAAAUAUGCUGGUGUGCCCCUGAACAGCCAGGCAGCAUUUGAAAUGGCAGCCAAAGACACAGUGCGACCUGCUGACAAGUCGCCUCCUCUUGUAUACAACAUUCGCUGUGUUGAACUGGAUCUGCCUUACUUCACACUUGAACUGAGUUGCAUUCAUGAAACUGAGGACUAUCUUCUGCAGCUGGUGCACGAAAUUGGGCUGCACCUUCGUUCAUGUGCCAUCUGCCAUCGUGUACGACUUAUACGCUAUGGUUUAUUUAACACCGAUUUAGCAUUGCUACGAAAGCACUGGACUUUAGAAUACAUCUUGAGAAAUAUUGAAGACUGCCGGCAGCUUGUGGACCAGGAGCUUCUUGAGCCUAAAUCACCACAUUUUAUUGACUUGAAUGAAGCUAGCAGGUCAUCUUGCAGUGAAACAGAUUCUUAGGUCACAAUAAUAACAGUGAGCUGAUGCUGUCCCUGAGCAGUCAGCGUAUUUUAGCUUUAUUGUUUUUGUAAUUAAAACAAUAUAUGAUAAUUUAUGU